CCCAUCGUACCUCAGGAAACCCUGACUACGUCGCCGCAGAACUUCGGGAGUGCAAGUUCUCACCUGGAGCUGCGAUAGCGGAGUCUUGGCUGCAGCGGAUGCUGAGUGGGCUUCGGUUCCGGCGCCUGGUCUCCAUGGCCACCCGCGUUUGUUUGUCCCGCGGUAGCGCGGGAUCCGGGGCCGUCGGUCCGGUCGAGGCAGUCAUUCGCGCGAAGUUGGAGCAGGCCCUGAACCCCGAGGUGCUCGAGCUGCGCAACGAGAGCGGCGGCCACGCUGUCCCACCAGGCAGCGAGACACACUUCCGCGUGGCAGUAGUGAGCUCUCGUUUCGAGGGACUGAGCCCCCUGCAACGACACCGGUUGGUCCACGCAGCGCUGUCGGAGGAGUUGGCUGGGCCAAUCCAUGCUCUGGCCAUCCAGGCACGGACACCGGCCCAAUGGAGGGAGAACCCUCAGUUGGACACAAGCCCCCCCUGCCUGGGUGGAAGCAAGAAAACUCGAGGAACUCCCUGACACCAACGAAGGGAGAGGACAAGGAACCGAAUGGGAUGGAUGAGAGUAAACCAGUAAACUACUACCUCGGUACUGUGACUUUUAAGGGUGAAGGCACAUGCGUCCCAUUCUGUUGGCACAUACAUAUUUCCCAAAGAUAGCAACUCAUUGCAUAUCAGAGUUGAAUUGUUACUAAGGAAUUACAUCAGUCCUGGUGAGUUGGAAACAGUCCUGUACAUUAAAAGAGAAAUCACCAUAUGAAGAGCAUUGCUGUGUUCUUAAGGUA